AUGUACGUGCCUUCAGUAGGCCAUUAUAACCCUGUGUUGUCAUUCGGAGUUGGAACCUUCACAGACAUCAUCGCAGUCGAAGGAUUUUGUGCGAUGACAUCUGCGUGCAUGUUCUUCACAUGGCUAUAUCAGAUUACAUUUUUUGCUGGUUUGAUGGUCGUUUCUGCGAAAGUGGAACUUGCGGGGAGGAACUCAGUUUUACCCUGCAUUAAGGUGAGGCGUACCUCAAAUCUAGGACAUUGCAUUCCGGCUCAAUACCUUUCGAUCUUAGGAUCUUUUGUGUGUUUUAGCGCUGAAAUAGCAGAUUUGCUUUGA